AUGGCAAACACAUAUGACAAGAUUAAAGACUUUAUUGGGAUGCUCAAUUUGCAUGUAAGAGGCAAGAAAAUGAAAGCCUUAGAAAGCCUGGACGAGUUUUUAUUUUCCCAAAAUCCUCCGAAACUGACUAUGAGAGAUGUCACACUACUAUUCAUGGGCUAUGAAAACAAAAAAGGCCUUUUACUCGCAAUUGGGAUGGAAAAUCAUCUACGAAAAACCUUAAAAUCAAGCGCCCACUAUGCAUUGCAGCUUAUAGCCCGGCUUUUAGAAACAUCUCCAAGCAAAUCUGACUGUAUACAAGUUUUAGGACUUACAGAUAGAAUGAUUCUUCAACAAAUGAAAUUUGAUAAGCAUUUUAAGCACGCAGAAAGCACAAAAAAUAAAGGAAUUUAUGUAGUCUGCAAAAGUUUGAAAAAAAUAAAACCAUCAGUUCCAGUCGAUGUCUAUAUUACAAGCAAAACUUAUAGAGACAAAUUUUUGAGCUGGCUUACACAAAAUAAAGAUGAGGAAAAUAAAAUUGAGGACGAGCCUUCAAGGUGAAGCCAAGUCCCUAAAGAAAAAAUUGACGACAAGCCUGAUCCUUUAGGAAUUAAAAGUAAUAUUUCGAUUCCUAACCAAGGGACAAUGUCCUUGGAUUUAGUUGAUAUAAAAUCGCCAUUAUUUAAACCUGCAGUAUUUUUGUCAAAAGUCCAUGGAAAUACGACUAUUCCAGAACUGAGAAGGGGGCUGGAAAAUUUGAAAAAAGGGUUUAAUGAUAGACAGGCUCAAUUUUCAGCAAUGAUAGGUGAGCAUUCUAAGGUAUAUGGAGAAUGCAGAAGCUUGCUAGACGAAAUGAGGGAUAAGCUUGUAAAGGUGCAGCUUUCGUCUGGGUCUGCAAUGAACGCCCAUGAAGCUUUACAAUUAGCUGAAAAAUCAGAAAAUUAUGCACUAACACCGCUGUUGAAACAAAAGGCAGAGAUGGAGAGGGUGAAAAAACUGAUUUAUUUGAGUAAUAAAUUUAGCUACUUAUUUAAGCUACCAUCAAUGCUGCAAACUCAUCAAGCCCAUUCAGAUAUUGAUACUAUUGUAGAAUUAUAUCAAAAACACAUAUACAAUUUACCCCAAUAAAGAGAAAUAUUAUAAGGCUAAUUAAUUAAAAUUUUAUUCAGAGUUUUUUAGUAUAUCAAUAAUUAAAUCAAAUUCCCAUUUACCAGUAUUCUCUAACGUCGUAAAAAACGUUGAUGCGAUUAUAGGAAAUGUAAAAGAAACAAUACUCCAAAACAUUAAAAGGGAAAGAAAUUUAAAUUUUGAUAUGAUAUGAAAAGCUGCCCAUCAGUUAAGCGUGCUUAAUCCUGAUUCUGAUGGAAUCCAAACAAUUUUGGAAAAUUUGUAUCAGUUUAUUAAAAAUUUUAUUGAAGAUAUGUGGGGAAAAAUUGAUAAACAAGGCGAACUACCGUGGCUUAUGAAAGAUGAAAAAGAAAAAAAUGAUUUUGAUAUAGAAAGACAGGCAACUGAGCAGCUGAUUGAAAGGAUUUUGGAAAGAUGUGGGCUUUAUAUUGGGAUUUAUACACAAUUAAUAGAAGAAACUAAAGCAAAUUCUUCAAAAUACCAAAGGGCUAUGAAGAAAUUGCAAAGAAUAGGAGUUUUGCUAGCAAAAAGGCUGAGGGAUAGCUUAUUUGAUGAAAAUUCAGAAAAACCUUUAAAAGCAGUUGACAUUGACGCGUUAUCAACAAAAAUGAAACAACUAUGCCAAUUAAUAAAAACUAAUGAAUUCCAAGAAUUUGGCAUAGAAUACACUUGUAAAGUCAUAAAAUGCCGGAUGAUUGAUCUAAAAAAUGAAGUCUCUGACUUAUGAAAAGAAGAACUCUGAAGCAAAGAUUUUGAAAAUAAAUACGGAACCUGCUUGCCCAGCAUUUUUCACUGCAUGGCAAUCCAGCAGAUAAUGAAAUUAAAAAAUCAUUUACCAUCAAUUCAUGAAAAAUUUAUUUUAGAAAUUUUAGAAGGAUUGAGCGAAGCCACAAUAGCUUUAGUUCAAUCAAUGCAAAAAACCUUAAAUACAGACAUAGCCCAACAAGUAAGAAUCACCAAUUCCCAGAAAACGCUACUUACACUAUCUAACACAUUUUUUAUCCAAGAAUUUGUCCUUCCAAACAUCUCUCAAAAUAUCCUCGAAAUUUUUAAUAUACAAUUCUCUGAUGAAGCCCAAAUAAUUAUAAACAAAACCAUAGAAAAAAUAUCAGAAUUCCGAGAAGCAUUAAAAAAAUAUUUUAUUCAAAAAAAAUCAGAUAAAUUUGAAAAAAUAAUUGAAGCUGGGAUAAAUUAUUGUGAUGAAAAUAUUGGGCUUGAUGCCUGCAUUUUCUAUAAACAUAUGUUGGCUGACCAAAAAAUCGCGACAGAAAUUCGUCCUUAUGUUUUCAAUUUAAUUGGAAAAUUAGUCAGGUCUAUUGAAGAAUUAAAAAGAAAAUGCCCUGAUUUAAGGAAAGAAUUAGAACAAAGCUUCGCUGAAGAAAUCGCUCACUUGUGGAGACGAAGCAUUCAGGUCCAUCAUAAACAGUUCGAUAUUAAAGAAACCAUCCAAAUCUGAAUUGAGCUGGAAUUUUACCAAGGAAUUUUGCCGAAAAUUGAAAUAAAAAAUCUUGAAAAAUGUUUUUAUUAUUUAAAAAAAAUUUAUUCAAAGCUGAAAGGGCUAACUCCCCCCCCUCCGUGAGUGAACAAAACCAUUAGAAAAAUCGCUAUUUUUUGCCUAAAAGCCCACCCUCGGUGAGUGAACAAAAAUUUUUUUAAUAGAAAAACUUUUUAUAGAAAAAAAAUUGAUAUAUAAUAAUUAGUAUAAUGAAAUCAAGAGCUAAUUCUAUUAAUUUUAAACAAAUUGCUUUUUAAAAUAUAAAUUUUAUAAAUUAAAUUAAUAUUUGUUUUCCAAUUUUUGCAAAUUAGGAUUUUUUUAAAUUUUUAAAAAACAUAUUUUCUAUAAAAUUUAAAUAUAAAUUUUUUUAAAAAAAAAAAUUAAACCCCCCUCCGUGAGUGAACAAAAUUUUUUUGUUCACUCACGGAGGGGGGGGGAGUAAGUAAAUUAGUAAAUACAGAAGAGAUAUUUAUUGGUAAAUUGAAAGACGCAAAAGAUGAAUUAAUUAUGGGCUCGAAGUACAAAAUUAGGUUGAUGAAAGAGUGCUUAGACAUUAAUUAA